AAGAAAUUCUAUUAUCAAUUAUUGCUGCAUACCUCGAGCACAUCAGAAAUAUUAUUAUUUUUAUUCUUCAGUGAAGUUCGCGUACAUUUCGACGUUUGAUGCGUUUGUUGAAAUCCUAUUUAUUUGUAACUUCAUCUUAAUUAUUCGUCUCAUUUCUUGAAUGAAGCAAUAUUAAUAUUAUUAUGUCGUCCAAAAAUUUUUUAGAUGUCGACGAGUCGAUUAUUGAAAAAAGCCUUUUAAUUCAAAGCAACGAGGAACAAGAAUUCGAACAGUUUGUGAAUGGUUUCCUUAACCCCAAUUCAGGCAAAUUGGUCAAACCAGCUCCAGGAAUCUGCAUAAAAUUAUUGAAAACUGAUAAGUCAAAAGUGUUCAUAAACCUCUGCCACCAUGCAGACAUUCCACCUCCAGAUGAUAUUACAAAAGAAGAACUUGUAGAAGUUUUCAAUUCUAAGGAUCCUGAAAAAUUCUGUAUUCCGUUAAGUAUUGGUAUAGAACACCAAGAAACUGAUAAGUCCAAUGCAAAAGUUAAUGUUUACGAUGUAGCAGUAAAUUCAGAGUUUUUCAAAAAGUGUCAAAAUGAUGACGUCUUUCAAACAUUCAUUGUUUGUGCUACUAUAGAGGGAGUUGCUGAAAAGUUCAAAAUCGAUAUAAGCGCAGAAAAUCCAAUUUUGUUGAAGAAUAGAAAAUGUAUGGGAUCAUUGCAGCAACACAGAAUUCAACAACGACCCCCUAGGCCAUCAACAUUUAAAAAAAAACCUUUGAUUCAAGAAUUAAAUUCAAAAGCAUCACUUUCUCAGUUAGACAUACAUAUCAAACCUGAGUAUAGGAUUUAUGUGCAACCAGAAGAUAAUCCAAAAAAUAUGAUUUUAGAUGUUUGGAUGCCAGAUGUGCAUAGUUCACAAGAAAUUGAUUUAAAAUGUGGUGAAGACUGUCUACUAUUAACUACAAAUAAACAAACAAAAUAUGAGUUGGAUAUUUUUUUACCAUGUACAAUUAAUCAAAAAAAUGUUAAUGUUACAUUUAAUACUAUAACUAAAUUUUUAUCAGUUAUGGCCACCAUUAUUCCAAGCAAUUGAUUUUCUCAUAGUGAGUAUUAUAAUACUUUUCAAUUCUGUGUUUCUAUAAAUGUAUGUAUUUUUUUAUUCUGCACUACAAAUCAUUUUUGUUUAUAUACAUUUAAAGAAUAACUAAAGAAAUGUUUGUAUUAAAUAAAGAAACAAAAUAUGUAAAAUUGU